UUGAUUUGAAACCUUUUACUGUAACCUUUUAUCAGCAUAAUAUUAUCCAAAAAUGCCUUACGGACAGCUUGAAGUUUAUGUUGCAAACGCCAGAGGCCUUGAUGACACAAAUUGGCUCACUGAUAUGAAUCCUUACGUUGUUGUCACCUGCCGUACUGAAGAGAAGAAAAGCAGCACUGCAUCUGGUGAAGGAUCCGACCCUGAAUGGAAUGAGUCCUUCCUCUUCACCGUCACUCGUGGUUGUGACGAGCUUCACAUCAAGCUUAUGGAUGAAAAUACAUUCCAAGACGACGAUUUUUUAGGAGAAGCAACAAUUUCCUUGGAGGAAGUGUUUCGGGAAGGAGAAGUAGGAUCAACCUCUUAUCAGCUUUACAAGGAUGAUGAAGAAUGUGGAUCCAUCAGACUUGGCCUUACUUUCACUCCUGAGGAGAGGGAUGAAUGUGACGAGGACUACUAAUUUUGCUCUCUAGCCGAGGAGUUUGAGUUUAUGGAAGGGUCGUUUGGUUACCCGUGCUACAAGAAAUAUUAGUCCUAGAAUAAAUUAUGAAAUGAUAGUGAAUUGUUUUUGUUCAGUUAUCAUUUUCUUGUAUUCACUACAACAAAUUUGGCCUACAGCCACACUUAUUUUAGACUGCACCCAAGAAGUGUUGCAAAAAAUAUUUAUGGGAACACUUUUAAAUGGUGGCCUUUGAGUAGA